GAGACCGAUCCCGGCCUCCAUAUAUAUAUCCGCCGCACGGGUCACGGCACGGCUGUUGGCCCACAGACCAAAAACAAGUUCACACAAAACCGCCGCCGCACGCCGGGAUCUCGAUCGACUCCGGCCGCCGCGGAAAGCGGAGAAGAAGUCACAGGGAUCGCGGGCCAAGAUGCAGCUCUUCGUGAGGUCGCUGACGAGGACGAUCACGCUGGAGGUCGAGCCGUCGUCGGACACGGUGGCGUCCGUGAAGGCCAAGGUGCAGGACAUCGAGGGCAUCCCGCCGGACGAGCAGCGGCUCAUCUUCGCGGGGAAGGAGCUGAAGGACGGCCCCACGCUGGCGGACUACAGCGUCCACAAGGAGGAUAUGCUGAACCUGUGCCUCCGCCUCCUCGGCGGCGGCAAGAAGCGCAAGAAGAAGACGUUCACCACCCCCAAGAAGGGCAAGCACGAGCACAAGAGCGCCGGGCUCGACGCCGUGCUCGGGCGGUACAGGGUCGAUGAGGCCACGGGGAAGGUGGAGAGGCUGCGCAAGGAAUGCCCCAACGCGGAGUGCGGCCCUGGCGUGUUCAUGGCGGCGCACGCCGACAGGCACGCCUGCGGCAGGUGCGGCCUCACCUACGUCGUCGUCGAGAACCAUAUGUUUUUCUUAUGAAUGCUUGGCUUUUUAAAAAAAUAUUUUUUAUAGUUGUUAUUGUCUGACAUUCAAUCUGGUAACCACUGCCUUGUUUGAUUGGCGUUGUUAAAUUUUAA